GAGCCACCUGACGAGCACGGGACCUGACGUCACGCAGGUGCCAGUCUCUCCGUCUCAGCGCAGAGAGGAGUAGAAGGAGUGAUUGAGGAAAAAGCCGAAUUCUUGGACUUUAUGGAUCCUGCGGGGGUGAUUCAGACUCGGUGCAGAGUUUAGGGAGAGUCGUUUGUUUGUUUUUUUCUUUUUCAUGUUAUGUUUUUCUCCAAACUUACCGUCAGCGAGUCACGACUGACUCAUAAAAACACUCCCGAUAUAUAUCUAUAUCUAUAUUUUCAAUAGUUUGUUUGUGUUUUGUCUUCAGAUUAUGGAGUCUGCAGAUGGUCAGCGGGGGCGGGACGGCAGUGGCAGCAGGUGGAAAGGUUCCCCUCUCGCUGUUAUCAUGAGUCAGAUCUGCAGGAAGCGCACGGCCUCAGACAGGAAGCCCUUAGGACGCUUCCUGUCGUGGACCUCGGACCGGCCUGGGAUCCCCGAGGACGGAGAGUCGGAGAUGAAAGAGGACAGAGGACCGAGCUCAGGCUUUGCAACGUCAGCAGAGAGCAAGCGGGACGUCGGCUGGGGUCGAGUGUGUGUUUUCCUGAAGAGACUCGGGAAGAAAGGCGACAGCAGGAGCCUCAGUUUGGCUCACUGUGAUCUGACGGCUACAGACCUGCUGGAGCUUGCAACGUUGCUGCAGUUCCUCCCCCAGGUGGAAGAGAUGGACAUCUCCUGGAACGAGUUGAUCGGUGGAUCCCUGACGGCUCUGACGUCUCAUCUGCAACACGUGGGCGAGGUCAGGACGCUGAGGCUCUGCAGCUGCAGGCUAAAUAGCGAAGACGUUGUUGCUCUUGGUGAAGCUCUCAGCUACAUCCCUGCUCUGGAAGUUCUUGAUUUGUCCUGGAACAGCGGCGUUGGGGGCGGUGGUCUACAAGGCCUGCUGGGGAACCUUCACCCAUCACUGAGGGAGCUCCACCUGGUGGCCUGUCGGCUCACUGCGGCCAAUGCUACAGUGCUGGGAGGAAUGGUGGCUGCUCUGCCCAGACUGAGUGCUGGACGUCUCUUGUAAUGCUCAGCUCACACAGGAAGUGGACACUGGUGGCUUCAGGGAAUUGGUCAGCUCUCUCUCUCACGCCACCUCCCUCACCACGCUUCGACUGCAGGCCUGCGGUCUAACGCCUGACAGCCUUGAUGCUCUCGGUGGUUCACUCCGUUGCCUCCCCUCUGUGGGAGAGCUGGACCUGUCCUGUAACAAACUUCUAGCUGGUGGACUGAGCCGCCUCACCUUUCACCUGGCUCACGUCACACACCUGGAGAGACUCGACCUCCACCUGUGUUGCCUCAUGCGAGAUGAUCUAGAGGCUCUGAUCCAGGUGCUGCCCUCUCUCACUGCACUGACGGAGCUUGAUGUGUCAUCCAAUAAGGAAGUGGGAGGUGUGGUCCACCCGCUGGUCUCCGCCCUCCCUGUGACACAAAUGAGGCGGCUGCCAUUCAACAGCUGCUACCUGAGCAACGAGUCCUGGCCCUGGUGGUGCCCUAUCUGCGCACGGUGGAUAUUUCCUGGUGUAAAGUGGUUGGCGGUCACUUGGCGCUCCUGCUGGAUGCUCUGCAGCCAUCAGUCGUCAGCGAGCUCCAUCUUUGCAGCUGCGAGUUCACCACUGAUGACAUGCAACAUCUGGAAACAUUGUGAACAAAACAGUAAAGUGAACAGACAAAGUGAUCAGUUAUCAAUGGGUCCUCUUCCUCUGUGCAGCUGCCGUGUGCAGACGGGGCUGUCUCUCCUCACUUCGUGCACUGGAUCUGUCCUACAACAGCUUGGUCGGAGACGACGGUUGGUGCAGUCUGUUUGCAGCAGGUGGUCUGGGCUCUCUGGAAGACGUGGAUGUCAGUUUGCGACCUUUAACCUCUGCUCCGUGCUCAGCCUGGCUGCCCGCUCUGCUCCAAGCUCUGCCUCAAAUGCCGGCGCUGGCUCGACUGGCCAUGCAGAGGUGGACAGCUGACUGUCAGGAGAGAGAGCAGCUGAGGUACUGUCUGAAGAAGAGGAGCGUCCUGCUGGAAUGGGAUCCAGAUUUACAAGACACAUCAUCAGCAUGUAAAGGGAACAGUCAGGAGAGCCUAGAAGAGAGUCAGCCUGAGUAGGGAGCAGAAAGCCUGAGUUAUCCGAUCUCAAAUUAAAAAUCAUCACAGAGAGAUUUCAAAAGAGCACUAGGGAAGAAAAACGCAAUCAGCUCUGAAAAACCUUCUGAUUACAAGUAAAUUUGUCCAAACAUUUGUACACUGUGUUUACAGUAUCGUUUAAUACUCUUCUUUUGUUCUUGAGCAUGUUUGGAGUCUUUAUUCCGCGGGGUUUAUCCCUGUGUCUGUUUCCCUCUUUAGUUUGAUAUUCGCACCGGAUGUGUCCCAUUUUAUUUUGGCGGUCAACUGUCAGAAACAUGUUUCAUGUUUAGUUUUACGUCCCUCUCCUCUCUCAUUGUCAUUGAUCAUCUGCACCUGUUUUGUUGGCUUUCUGUGUUUAAAUGGUGGUGUCUUCUGUUUAUGAAGGACAGUGGAAUUAAUUUGCUUUUUAAUCUCAUGAACUUUAUCAUUCUGCAUUUGGCUCCUCAUUUCAUGGACUUUGUAAUUCUGCAGUCAGACAACAGCCUAAAUAAAGAUUCACCUUUGUUACAUCU